AUGCCUUGGGGUUAUUGGAAUUGGAUUUAUUGUAGUGUUUUAAUUAGUCUUGGUAUCAUUUUAAUUACAUUUUUCAUUUUGGUUAUUUUACUGUGUUAUUGUGAUAAAGUAUUCUUCAGUGCUGUUGCUAAGCUGUUCAACAUUCAGCGUUGUAUUAUUGAUAUACAUCAUACUGUUAUUCGCAAAAAUUCAACAUUUAAUUUCUCGCGUGCUGACAUAAUAAAACCCGUAACAUUUUUUAGUGGGAUUUUGUCUCACUGCGCACUGGGUACUGGUGAAGCACCUGGCGGUAACCAACCACCAGAAGAGAAUGGUAGACAGUUUUCCGAGAAUAUCAAGCUCUACUUUGUUGCUAAACUUGGGAAAUUGGCCAAUUCAACAGUGCCUCUAAUAGUGGAUAUUAUGAAGUUUCUCAAUGAUAUCAAGGAUAAGAUUAUCCCUACACUUGAACAUUUGACUAGUUCAAUACUAUUAGAGAAAGAUAACAUCCCACAGCUCUUCGAGAGUAAAGAGAAUAACAUUAUUGUCAAGCUAAUAAAAUUAGGCAGUUCAACACUCUUACCAAAAACGCAUAUCAGUGAGUCUCUCAAGGAGAUCGAUAAGGACUUUCAUGAAAGACUUCAGCCAUUAACCAACACAAAAUUGCCAGCAGGAACGACAGCACAGACUCUCAGAAAGAUUGAGGACAAAGUUAGGGGCGAACUUACACAAUUGGCCAAAGAAAUACUAUCACCAAUAAAUAAAAUCAUAUGGUCACUUCAGGAGAUCCAGAACAACAUUGAAGCCGAAUUUACACUAUUGACCAAGUUGAUAUUCUACCCAAUAAAUGAAAUCAUACAGUUGCUCAAAGAGAUCGAAACGAAGUCUAGCACGAUACUUGCGCAACUAGAUAGUCCGUCACUAACAUCAAUAAAGGAAAUCGCACCCCUUCUUCAGAUUAUCAAGAACACAUUGGCUAUCCAACUCAAAGAAUUGAUCAAUUCACCCGUACCAAAGGAAGAUGAAAGGAAGAACCAUAUCCACGCUUUCAGGAACAAUGUUACUAAAAUAAUUAUCCAAUUGGCCAAGGAAACACAAUCACAACGCGAUGUCAUUGAAAACGCUUUCAAGAAAGCCGACAACAACAUUAGUGAGGAACUUCGAAAAUUAACCAGUUUAAUACUCUCAGCGAAUCGUGACAUGUCACAGUCCGUUCAGAAUACGAGUAUUGAGAAAAGCUUUAACAACGAACUUUGUCAAUUAUCCGAUUCAACAAUUUCAGCGAAAACAAAAAUCACACAGGCUCUCCGACGCAUCGAGGAGGACUUUACCCGCGAACUUAAAGAGUUGAUCAAAUCAGAAUUGCCACAAAUAAAUGGCAUCAAAGAAUUUGUUCGAGAUAUCAGGAACAAGUUUAGCGAGCACCUUGGACCAUUGAACAAUAUCAUAUCGCCAUUAACAAGUAAAGGAAUAAAACUUCAAUAUCCUCGGUCGAACUCAGAAUAUGAACGGCCAGCAUUGAACAUGUAUGGGAGGUUCCUUUCUUUCAAUAAACGAAUAAAUAAAGCGUUUUUAACAAUCUUAACUACAAUUAUUAUCUCGGCUGCUCUUAUUGCUGCUUUCGGUAAUCUUGUCCUAGCCACUACUACUGUUUAUCGAGAUGGUCCAUGUCCUACAUAUGGUCCAAUGGAAUGCUACUCUGGUGACAAUCAUACAUACUUUGAGUGCAAUACUGGUCAAAUUCUCAACUUUUCAGUCGAUUCUGCCAGCGGAGCAUGCUUCCGCUGGAUCGCGCGCGACAUGACAACAGCGGAUCUGACGACACAAAUUGGCGUUACUGCAGGAUUUUUGACUGCUUUGGGGAGCAUUACUGAAUGUCUAAUACGUAUAUACCUUAGUGCACUUAACAAGCGCUUAGGUGUAUCAAUCGGUAUAGGUCGUAUUUUGGCUAAGACUGUUGGCAUCAAUCGAAUCACUGCUACAACCCCUUGUUGUGGUCGUCGUAUACGUUGCCGCUGCGGUUUUUUCAAUCUAUCUCAGUACAAACAUCCGCAUAUGACUGUAAUAGUAACAUUUAUUUACAUUUUAGUACCGUUCCUGAUUAUUCCAGGCAUUGCCCUCCUAUAUCACUUUCAAUUAACUGUAACAUUAUUAACCUUCGUUUUUCUGAUCACAUUUGCGUUGGUUUGCGUCGUGGGUUUGUCAUGGAUAGCAAUACAAGACGAUGAAACAAGUGUCAAUGUGCCAGGUGGAUGGGAUGACGCAAUAAAACUCUGCAGUCUUCUUCAAAAACAAAUAGACCCUUCACCACAGUCAAACUCAAACGAUGCGGAGGCUUCCACAGAUGCAUAA